CUGGACAGAAGACGCCUCAAGAAAUCACCAGUUUCGCUACCGGCGUCUAAACAAAGGGCGAACACGUCACUCAAUUCCUUCUUUUUGCGAUUAUACACUCUAUUCGCACACGGAGCUUUCCCUCCAGGGGAAUUGUUAAAAAUAAAUGUUAUAGUUCAGUGCCAGUUCAUUGUUUAUAUAAUAUAGGUCUUGGUGGAUGCUCUGCACCAUUUUUUUAAAACGAAUGACCCACGCAACAACAUUAGCUUCAAAUAAAUGCUUGUGAACUCUGCCCAAAAAUCCCACAUUUGAAUAAUAUCUAAUUAGUUUAAGUAGCGUUGUGACCGUAGUCGUGAAUUUGUGGAUGUCGUAUAAAGAGUCUGGCAGAAGUAGUGUGCAAGAAGAGAAGAACUGCGGUGGCUCUAUUUAAAAUAGACUAAAAUAGCCAGUGUUUCGUGUUCCUGCGGCAAGAAAACGACAAACAGAAGAGCUUCGAGGAUUUAGAAAAAAAAAUCCGAUAGAUGUUUUUUCCCAUCCAGUUACCUCAGUUUUAUUUAUUUAUUUUUUUUACAGCCACGAGGAUCAGUCACUUGGUUGGAUGUGUGUUUGGGGGAACAGUUUUUAAAGUAACAUUUCUUAAGCUUUUUUUCAUAUAUUAUAAUUGAAUUGUGAGCCGUUACCCAACUGACCGUUGUGGACGGUGUUACUGAACGGGGGGGGCUCUGUCUCCUGCGCAUGCGCGGUGCACUUUUAACUUUUUUCCCCACAGUAAACGUUAAUUACACCAUAGCAAGAACAUUGAAAAUGCAUCGACAAAGAAUGCAUUCUGAUUUAUAUCUGUCUGACAGUACGGGCUGUCAUCUAAACACAUUUAUUUACAUGGUGCCUGGUCUUACUGCUCAUGGCACUGAGCUGCUUGCUUCUGUGGCUCAUUCUCAAACCAUGGUCCAUGGUCAUCAUGGUGUUGUUUAAUACUCAAAAUUGAUAUGAAUUUGUCUUGUCUGGAGCUCUUGAACAGUAAAUGUAUAGCAGUUGAAACUGGGUCCUGUCGAAAAGAGUAGCUAACCUGUUUUAGAAGUGGGGGAUGAGCCAUGAGGCGGAAUAUGCUGGAAAUCAUGGCCAUUUUUACAGUGGCAUUUUGUUCUGUAAAAGCUAUUUAAAUGGACAUUUUAUAUUACUUGGGAACCUCUUCUGUCCAUUUAUUCCAAAAUGGAAAGUUGGUGAUACGUUUUUGCCUGUAGCUAAUUGGGUUACAGUGGCUAAAAGGUUAGGACUGAAGGAUGCUUUCGUGUAGAAGGUAGCUGAAGUAACCCGAGUGCCCUGAAUGUGUUGGUUUUCCUCAGCAGUCAUACCAGUUUGGUGACAUUGAAUGUGGUUUUUUUUUUUUCUUUCCUUCUUCCUCUUUCCUGGCUGGUCUCUGCUUUGAAUAUUGUCUUCCUUGCAGACUGCAGAUCAUUAUAUCCUGGGAUGACUUCCCAGAGGGUUACUGCCAUCUUUGAACGGUGCUGAGACACUGUGGGGUCCAUGUAGUUCCUACAACACCUGCCCUGCCAACCCUCCAUUUUCUGUUCAGUCGAGCCAUUUGAGUGUUACGGUCCUGCUUCUGUGGUCACCUCCUCACUUCUCAAGAUGGCUGUGUGGCGACAGUUUGCCCUCCUCCUUUGGAAGAACUACACGCAACAGAAGCGACAGAUCCUAGUGACGCUAGUGGAAGUUGCCCUGCCCCUGCUCUUCUCUGGUCUCCUCAUUGUGGUCCGCCAGAAGGUGUCUUCCACCAGCUACCCGAAUGCCACGCACUACGAGAGCUUCAGCGUGCAGCGCCUCCCUUUCCCGCUCUCUUUUGGCGGCUUCCAGUUGGCCUACGUGCCCGGCAAUGCCAGUGUGGUCCGCCAAGUGGCUGAGGACGUGCAGCAGAACCUGGGAGUGAUGGCCAUCAGUUCGGUACGUGGCUUUGAGACGGAGGAGCAUUUUGAGGAGUUUGUGAAAACUGACCCAGAGUCCGGAAAGGUGCUGGCUGCUGUGGUUUUUAAGCAUACGUUUGCUCACAACGAUGAGCCUCUGCCCCUUCAGGUGUCCUAUCAUCUACGGUUCAAGUACAGUCCCCGCAAUGCCCCUGCCAGGGAGAAGGUGGAAUUGAAUCCCAAUAAUGACCUGGACUGGCACACGCUCAGCCUGUUCCCCCUCUUCCAGCUGCCAGGCCCCCGUGAGCAGCAUGACCCCAGGGGAGGAACACCAGGUUACUACCGGGAAGGGUUCCUGGCUGUCCAGCACGCAGUGGACAGGGCUAUCAUGCGUGCCUAUAACAGCAAGGCAGCAACGGCACUGCUGGCCCAGACACGUGUGGUGAUGUCCCGCUUCCCUUACCCCCCCUUCAUCUACGACGUUUUCAUCCUGGCUAUCCAAAACCAGCUGCCCCUGCUGUUGGUGCUCAGCUUCACUUACACCUCGCUGAACAUUGUCCGCGCUGUGGUGCAGGAGAAGGAGAGGAAGCUCAAGGAGUACAUGAAGAUGAUGGGAUUGAGCAAUGGCUUACAUUGGGGUGCCUGGUUCCUCAUGUUUUUCCUAUUCCUUUCUGUUUCUGUUUUCUUUGUCACCCUCCUCCUCUGCAUCAAGGUCAGCCCCAAUGGAGCAGUGUUGACCUACAGUGACCCCACCCUGGUCUUUUUCUUCCUGAUGGCCUUUGCUGUUUCCACCAUCAACUUCAGCUUCAUGAUCAGUGUUUUCUUCUCUCGAGCCAAUGUCGCAGCAGCCGCAGGUGGCUUCAUCUACUUCCUGAGCUACAUCCCGUAUGUGUUCCUGUCGCCACGCUAUGACCUACUGACCCAAGCACAGAAGGCCUCCGCCUGCCUUAUCUCCAAUGUGGGCAUGUCCAUGGGUGCCCAGCUGGUGGGCAUGUUUGAGGGCAAAGGUACUGGGAUCCAGUGGAACAACCUGUUUGACCCAGUGACAAUAGAUGAUGAUUUCUCUCUAGCACAGGUGCUGGGGCUGCUUCUGCUUGACUCUCUGUUAUAUGGCCUGGUGGCCUGGUAUGUGGAAGCAGUCUUCCCUGGAGAGUAUGGUGUCCCACUGCCUUGGUAUUUCUUCCUGCUGCCCUCUUACUGGUGUGGUAGCCCCCGCAUGGCCCUGGUGAAAGAGAAUGAGGAAGAAGAUGCAGAGAAAGCAAUGAAGGGAGAGUUUAUUGAGGAAGAGCCAGCAGGUCUGGUACCAGGGGUCAAAAUCAAAUGCCUUUGCAAGGUGUUUAAAGUGGGCAACAAAAUGCGGGAGGCAGUCCGAGACUUGACCUUGAACAUGUUUGAGGGCCAAAUUACUGUACUGCUGGGGCACAAUGGAGCUGGCAAAACCACAACCUUGUCCAUGUUGACUGGCCUGUUCCCUCCAACCAGUGGCUGUGCCUACAUCAAUGGAUAUGACAUCUGCCAGGACAUGACGCUGGUCCGUCGUAGCCUGGGUUUGUGUCCACAGCACGACGUGCUCUUUGACAACCUCACUGUGAAGGAGCACCUGCUCUUCUAUGCCCAGCUAAAAGGUUAUCCCCGCAAGAAGAUUGGAGAGGAGGUGGAUCAGACCAUCCGUAUCCUGAAGCUAGAGGACAAGCGAAACGUACGCUCUAAGAUUCUCUCUGGAGGGAUGAAGCGGAAGCUCUCUAUUGGUAUUGCCCUCAUUGGAGAAUCCAAGGUAGUGAUGUUGGACGAGCCUACAUCAGGCAUGGAUCCCUCAGCUCGCCGAGCCACCUGGGACCUGCUGCAGAGCCAGAAGCAGGGCCGCACCAUUCUGCUGACCACACACUUCAUGGAUGAGGCUGAUCUGUUGGGUGACCGCAUUGCCAUCAUGGCUAGUGGGGAGCUGCAGUGCUGUGGCUCUCCACUGUUCCUCAAAAACAAAUAUGGUGCUGGUUACCACAUGGUUAUUGUAAAAGGUGAGAUGUGUGACGUGUCGAGGAUCACACAACUGGUCCACAUGUAUGUGCCCAACGCCACGCUGGAGAGCAGUGCAGGGGCCGAGCUCUCCUACAUCCUACCCAAGGAGAAUACAAGCCGGUUUGAGCUGUUGUUUGCGGAGUUGGAGAUGAACCGCGAGGAGCUUGGGAUUGCCAGCUAUGGGGCCUCAGUCACCACUAUGGAGGAAGUCUUUCUCAGGGUCGGGAAGCUGGUGGACUCAAGCUUGGACAUUCAAGCCAUCCAGCUACCUGCUCUGCAGUACCAGCAUGAGCGCCGAUCACAUGAUUGGACUAUGGACGAUGCUAGCAGUAUCAGUGGCAUGACGGAUGUGACAGACUUCACUGACAGUGGAACGCUCGUCUCAGAGGACUGUUCGAAUAUCAAGCUGAACACAGGGCUUUGGCUGUAUAUGCAGCAGUUCUAUGCCAUGUUUCUGAAGAGGGCGCUUUAUAGCUGGCGGAACUGGAAAGUGAUGGUGGCGCAGUUCCUGGUGCCACUGAUCUUCACCGUGCUUGCUCUGGUUGUGGCCCGCACCUUCCCAAGCCAACAGGAUUCACCUCAGCUGGAUCUCACUCUGAGCCGCUAUGGCCGAACCACCGUCCCUGUUGCGUUGGAGACAGGGGCAGGGGCUGUGGCGGCCAAACUCGCUGCAGCAUAUACUGCACAGCUCCUAGAGCAGGAUUCCUGGCCCGAGAACAUCACUGACCUACCUGAUUACGUCCUCCGCAUCUCCAAGGAGGAAGGCGGAGCCUUCAGCGAGCAUUGUGUUGUGGGCGCUUCCAUCCAGCAACGCUCACAAUACUUAGCUGAAGCCACAGCUUACUUCAACAACCAGGGUUACCAUACGCCUGCUACAGCUCUGAUGCUGCUGGACAGUGCCCUCUACAGCCUGCUGGCAGGCCCCAACGCCUCCAUCCACACUGUCAAUCACCCCAUGCCCCGAAAUAUCUCGGAGACUGCCCAGAGCGAGCUCACAGAGAGCCAGACAGGCUUUGCCAUUGCCAUAAACCUCAUGUAUGGCAUGGCAUCCCUGUCAAGCACCUUCGCCCUUCUCCUGGUCAUUGAGCGUUCCAUCAAGUCCAAACACGUUCAGCAAGUCAGUGGCGUCUAUCUGUCCAACUUCUGGUUCUCGGCGCUCCUCUGGGACCUGAUCAACUUUCUAUUGCCCUGUGUACUCAUGCUGGUGGUGUUCCGGGCAUUUGGAGUACAUGCCUUCAUAUGGGACAACCACUUAGUGGAUGUGCUGCUGCUGCUACUGCUCUAUGGCUGGGCUGUUGUGCCCCUCAUGUACCUGUUGAGCUUUCUGUUCUCCACUGCUGCUGCAGCCUACACACGCCUCACUGUCUUUAAUAUCAUCACCGGCACGGCCACCUUCCUCACUGUCACCAUCAUGACCAUCCCUGAGCUACAACUGGAGCACCUCUCUCUCAUCUUGGACAAGGUCUUCUUGGUAUUCCCAAACUACUGCUUGGGAAUGUCUUUCAGCCAAUUCUACCAGAACUAUGAGCUGAUCACCUUCUGCACCUCAAACCCUAUUGCCCAUUCAUUCUGCAAGCUCUACAACCUCACCUACCAGGAGAACUACUUUUCCAUGUCUGAACCGGGUAUUGGCCGCUUUCUGAUAGCCAUGUCGCUACAGGGCGUGGCGUUCAUAGCGCUGCUUUUCAUCAUCGAACUGCAGUGUGUCCGCACCCUCUGCCACUUUCUCAGUGCCCCUUGCAGGAGACGUAAGAAGGUCCCACUGGUUGUGGAGACAGUGCUCCAGCCUGAGGACCGGGAUGUGGCUGAGGAACGGAAGCGGGUACUGGAAUGCCAGCCAGCUGUGGAAUCAAUGGUUGGGAGUCCCCUAAUCCUGCAGGAGCUCACCAAGGUGUACAGCAGCGGGCCGACAUUGCUUGCUGUGGAUAGGCUGUCCCUGGCUGUGGGCAAAGGGGAGUGUUUUGGACUUCUGGGCUUUAAUGGUGCUGGAAAGACCACCACCUUCAAGAUGCUGACAGGGGAUGAGACCGUCACCUCUGGGGAUGCCUACAUUGAUGGCUAUAGCAUCCUGCGGGACAUUAAGAAGGUUCAGCAGCGGAUUGGCUACUGCCCACAAUUUGAUGCACUGCUGGACCACAUGACUGGCAGGGAGACGCUCAGCAUGUAUGCGCGGUUGCGGGGCAUCCCUGAGCGCUACGUCGCAGCCUGUGUGGAGAAUGUGCUGCGCUGUCUUCUGCUGGAGCCACAUGCUGACCGCCUAGUGCGCGGCUACAGUGGGGGCAACAAGAGAAAGCUGAGUGCAGGCAUAGCCCUGAUUGGUGGACCGCCUGUCAUCUUCCUGGAUGAGCCAUCUACAGGCAUGGACCCGGUGGCCCGUCGGCUGCUGUGGGAUGCAGUGAGCAGAACCAGGGAGCUAGGCAAAGCCAUCAUCAUCACCUCACACAGCAUGGAGGAGUGUGAGGCCCUGUGCACUCGGCUGGCUGUGAUGGUCAAUGGCCAGUUUAAAUGCCUGGGCAGCCCACAGCACCUGAAAAGCAAGUUUGGCAGUGGAUACACCCUGCUGGCCAAGGUGCACCAGGAAUUCCACGAGGCCGACAUACAGCUCUUCAAAGACUUCAUUGAGAGCACUUUUCCUGGGAGUAUGCUAAAAGAUGAGCACCAGGGUAUGGUGCACUAUCACCUGACUGACAAGACGCUCACGUGGGCACAGGUGUUUGGGACACUGGAAGCUGCCAAAGAGAAGUAUGGGGUAGAGGAUUACUGUGUGAGCCAGAUCUCACUGGAGCAGGUGUUCCUGAGCUUUGCCCAGUUCCAGCACUGUGCUGAGGGUCGCCGAAAGUAGGGUGCCCUCCCUCUUUCCAUCGGUGCAAAGGCUGCUUAAGCAUGGACUCUCCAUUUUGCAGCAUGCUAGGCAGCUGACAUGGCCUCCUCCAUGGGUCUCUCUCCAAGUACAACUGUGGAUGCUUACACAUGCAGGCAGAUGUGUGUAUACAUAGACAGAUACAUAUGCACAUGUGUGCACAGACAAAUUUAUGAAUACAAACAGAGACACAAACAUAUGGAUGUGCCCAUAUGCAGACAGAUAUGCACCCUGCACACAUCAUGUGUAUGCCUUCACACACGUGCACACAGAUUCAAACACAAAGAUGUACAUGGACACAUGUAUACAAGCAGGCAAGCCCACAUAUAAACACAGGCAAAACACACACCAAGGCACACUCAACCAGGCAUCAGCGUAUGAAUUCAUAAGUAACAGACAAACACAUAAGUGUUGAUCGCUGUGUCCCCUGAGACCAGAGGGUGCCAACCCCGUGCUGCACAGCCAGCCUCGUUGUUUCAGCGACCUUGAGAACUGAGCCAUUGCACACUACAGGUGGUCAUUGGAGUAACUUGUGUGUGUUUUCUAAAAGGGGUGAGGUCUUCAAGAGAAUUUGAGGGCUCAGAGGUCUUAUUUUUCUUUACCACGUUUAUCAGUUUCAUAAAUCAGUCAUUCCAUCGGAGUUUAACCACCUCUUCCCACUGUAUGGGAUAACAUUGCGCUCUCCCAUUUGUGUGCGUGUGUGCUCACUCGCAUCUGUUACAGUGGACCUCUGUGCUCUUUUAGUAAUUGCUCUCACACUACUUCUUACUGCAGUCUUAACAGUGAUGAGGUGUGCACAGUCCAGUCUUCCAGUGAGCAUAAUUUUUCCACCGAAUUCACACAUCUCGCUCUAAAAGAAAGUUACAUCACUGAAAACAGCAUCUGUAGCCUUACUCCAUUUCAACAAUAGUUCAGGGAAGGUUUCAUUGAAUAACCAAGGGGCAAAUGCCUGCCCAGAUUUUAUUUAACCUUAUUUUUAAAGAUUGUAAAUAAUUUCUGUAAAUAUACAUUUCAGUAAUAGUAGUGUUUCCCUUCCAGUUAUCAGCUUAUUCUAUAGAAUGGAUAGAAGGAUUUAAAAACUGCAUGCUUGGACAAACUUUGUUUAGCAUGUCCUUAUCUCUAUAAUGUUGAUGCAAAAAGGCAACUUUUUAGACGUUUUAUAAUGACUUACGGCAGGCCUUAUUACCUUAUUGUCACAAUACGCAGCAAACAAUGUAAAAUUUCCAUAAUCUGGUUGUGUGGUAUGGGGAAACGAAACUAUGAACACUCUGGCAACUGUUGCACAGGUCCCUCAGUUAAGACUCUAGUAAACCGAUCACAUAAUGGGUUGUGUGGUUAUUUGUGGUUAUUUGUUGCUGUUAUGUGCAAUAUGGCAUCAUGAAUUCCCAUAUUGCGGUGGUCAUAGACAUGGCACAGAACUCUACAGCUUUCAUUGGUUUGGAUGGUACUUUCACUGGAACCAGUAUGUUCUGAUGACCCCAUACUCGAGCUACUUGGCACAUCCAUCAGAGCAAAAAAUCGAGGAGUUCUUAAUAUAGGCAUCUCACUUAAUGGCUUUUUUUUUUUUUUUUUAAAGAAAACUCUGAGCUCUGACAAUGGACAAUGUUUUUCUUGAACCCUGGUCUUUACUGGCCUCCAUGUUUACCUCUACUGUCAUUACUGUGGAGUUUACCAGUUACAGUGGACCACUUUUACUACUGGUAGCCAUGAGAGGAUUCGCUAACACUAUAUAUACUCACGCAGAAAUCAUCUGUGCAUGUUGUGUGUUUUUGUUUCAGAGGAAGCAUUAUCUGUUAAUUUUUUAAAAUACGCUUCCUCUCAAUCUUGCUGCUAUUUUUUAAAAUUUUUUUUAAAGGAUACAAUGUGCCGUCCAUUUAAUUUACUGACAUGUUUAUCACAGCACUAUCAAGUUACUGUGUCAGGCUUUCAGGCGGUGUUUGCUGUGUAGAUGCACUGCUUCCAUGAACCAAGUGAGCUGCUCCUGCUAUCUCCUCUGAACAAAGUCUUAUGUUUCAACACUAUGCCACAGCUCCACAUGGCAACAGGGCACCUCUCUGUCAGCAUCAGGUUCACAACACACCUGGCGUCUAAACCCUCGAUUAUGUACUGGGUAUUCUCAGACACUUGGGCAGAACGUUGGGUCACAUCGAAUUGCAUGAACUCUAAGAUUGAGUGGGUUUGGAAAACAUUCUGUCCACAACAGAUGAAGAGUGCUGUUACUUAGCAGUCUAACGUUUCAUGCCGCCUUACAUGCAGUGUUGUCAAACACUAGUUUCUGUUGUUUUCUAGGCCAAUGUCUUCUCUUUCUUUAGCUCCCCCAAACCAAGUGGUUUCAGUCUCCCUCCUCCACUGCAUUUGGAAUGAUUCUCAUCAAUGUUUUUGGCACUAAAGAUGUUUUUAAUGUGCUACUGAACAUUCUGAAAUGCCUUAAUAGCAGCACCUAUACCCUCUGUUUAAAAUUUCCAGUAAUUGGAGUGUUAUGAAUGAGGGGGUGGCGGUCCCUUUCGCUUUGAAAUGUUACCUUGUCAAUAAAUUGAGAUCUGGUACUGCAGGAAGGCCUGGAUGCUUUGCCCAGUAUCUGGGGGAAAAGACUGAAUGUAUUCACAUAUGUCCAAAGUGUCACUCCAGUAACCGAGACUGUUUGCUCUUUGAAGGCCAACCAUGUGGAUGUCAGUCAGGCUGAUUCCUGGAUUCCCUCAAGGAUUAGGACUUGAAUGAAAGUGACAACUGUAGGGAGCUCAGUUAAAUUUUAAGAGAAUACUCACAGGGCUUAGUAGUGGUGCUGUCACAUUUACCAUUUUGGGUGUCUUUGUUUUUGCAGACAAAAAUCCUGUUUUGAGUUGACAAAAGUAAACUUGGAAUCUAUUGAUGGUAGUGAUGACAAACAAAUGCAAACAUAUUCAAAAGGGAAUAUUGUAACCUAACAUUGUACUGAAUUAACAUUGUCUAAAAUGUAUGU